UUGGAGGGAAAUAUAUUGUUUUGCUACUGUUGUGUACCGCAAUUUGCCGUGCAGCAAGUCAAAGCUUAUAAUGAGUACAGCUUCUACCUCAAACAUAGUCGUAUCGCAAGAUACACCUUCGGAACAAGAAGAAAUCCGUAAAGCUUCACGAAUGACGCUGAAGGAGGUACAAAACGUUGUCGGCACGUGGAAGGAAAACCUGCACCCAGGAAAAACUUUAUCCCUAGGCAAGGAUCUGUUGGUGUCGGCCACCAAGCAACCGAGCGAACCGAAGCGGAGCAAAAUGGUGGAACAGUUGACAAAGGCGACACAAACAACGUUCGAGGACGAACAAAACUUGGUGGCUGAGAAGCCUAACUCUGGCUACUGGCAAAAGGUGGCAGAAAAACGACGCCUUGCGCUGGAGGAAACGCUCGAUGAGAAUGCCCGCCUGCAUUUGGAGUUGAGCGAAAAGACUGACGAAGUGAACGAGCUGCAGAACGUUGUCGAGUCACUGAAGAGUUUAGUGGAAACGGUGGUAGAAAUGCUGAACGAUGAAGCUGAAGCGAAGGCAACCAAUGACACUCCUCAAGUGGACGACAGCGGCAUAGCACAUUCCUUGGUGGAUGAUGAAGCAUGUAAUUAGAAUUAGGGGGAUGUUCAGAUAUUUUUGUAUACUUUGUAAUUCCGCGACAAGCAUUAGGAAUUGAACGAGCUGCAGAGCGUUAUGAAGUCGCUGAAGAGUUAAGUGGUGGAAAUCGAAGCGGAGGCAGCCAGUGACGCUCGUCGAGAGGAGGAGAGCGGCAUUGCACAUUCCUUGGUGGAUGAUGAGACAAGUAAUUAGUAUUAAGGAAUUUUGUGUAGUUGUUUUUCAUAUGUUAAGGUUUAGUUUGUUACCACUUAGAAUGUUCGAACGAUUGCACUUAUGUUUCAACAAUUUGUCUAUCAUUUCAAUUACUGAAUAAAACACAAUAUUGGAUUUGCAUAAU